AUGAAAACGGUUCAAGAUUCUGAGGGGUUUGCAGCCCAAAGCACGUAUAUUGCGCUCUCUCGAGCCUGUCGACUUUUCUUGCAGUUUUGGAUGACAGGAAGAGGACCCGAAAAUCAAAAUCGCAAACAAAGCAAAGUUAGAAAAGGCGAAGUCAGUGACGUGGAUGAACAUGGUUUCAAUAUAAAGUCGCCAAUUGCUCCAAAAAGAACUCAGGAAAUGAACGUAAUCGAGGCUCUCAUUUCAAAGUCGAAGCUACUAGAGCCUACAGAGGGACGCACCUGGGCAGGAGACGGUGGACAUGAAGAAAUGUGGCGCAAUGCCAACAAGAUUCGAAUGGCUGCAAAAGGCAAACAAAAGGAAGAGGAACGGAAAACUUCGGGUGUCGAGGGGGGGAUGAGGGAAGAGACAAACGAAUCGAUUCUAGAAGCAGAAGGUGAAAUGCAUGUGGAUGCUUCGGAUGGUGGAUUAUGUGAUACAAUCGGGACGUAUUAUCCGCCUACCAAAGCUACGGCACCUAACAAGAAUAACCCGGUCGCAGAUCAGGUUGGUGACAUUGCAAACUAA